ACUAAGUGAGCCACAAGCAUUCAGCUUGAACCUGCCAAACAUCCAGCAACUUGUUACUGAGCCUUCCUGUGGCAAGGGAUUGCUGUCCGUCGGGAGGCUGUGAGGGUGGCUGAAGAUGUCCGAUAGUCUGGAUAUUGAAGAGAAACCUCCAGCUCCACCGUUGAGAAUGAACAGCAACAAUCGCGAUUCUUCAGCACUCAACCACAGCUCAAAACCACUUCCCAUGGCCCCUGAGGAGAAGAACAAGAAAGCCAGGCUGCGUUCCAUCUUUCCAGGAGGAGGGGAUAAAACCAACAAGAAGAAAGAGAAGGAACGUCCUGAGAUCUCUCUUCCUUCAGACUUUGAACACACCAUUCAUGUGGGAUUUGAUGCUGUCACUGGAGAAUUCACAGGCAUUCCAGAGCAGUGGGCCAGGCUACUACAGACCUCCAACAUAACAAAACUGGAGCAAAAGAAGAACCCACAGGCUGUUCUUGAUGUUCUCAAGUUUUAUGAUUCAAAAGAAACAGUUAACAACCAGAAAUACAUGAGCUUUACAUCAGGAGAUAAAAGUGCCCAUGGAUACAUAGAAGCCCAUCCAUCGAGCACAAAAACAGCAUCAGAACCUCCUCUGGCUCCCUCUGUGUCUGAGGAAGAGGAUGAAGAUGAUGAAGAGGAGGAAGAUGACAAUGAACCUCCGCCUGUUAUCGCCCCACGGCCUGAACACACAAAAUCAAUCUACACACGCUCUGUUAUUGAACCUGCCGCUGCACCAGCACCAGCUAAAGAAGCCACCACUCCCCAACCUGAAAACUCAAACACAAACACUCUGUACAGAAAUACAGACCGGCAACGAAAAAAAUCCAAGAUGACAGAUGAAGAGAUCCUAGAGAAACUGAGGAGCAUUGUGAGCGUGGGAGAUCCUAAGAAGAAAUACACUCGAUUUGAAAAAAUUGGCCAAGGGGCUUCAGGAACUGUUUACACAGCGAUUGACAUUGCCACAGGACAAGAGGUGGCCAUAAAGCAAAUGAAUCUCCAACAGCAGCCCAAAAAGGAACUAAUUAUCAAUGAAAUCCUGGUCAUGAGGGAAAAUAAGAAUCCCAAUAUUGUUAACUAUUUAGACAGCUACCUUGUUGGUGAUGAACUGUGGGUGGUGAUGGAAUACUUGGCUGGAGGCUCUUUAACUGAUGUUGUCACCGAGACAUGUAUGGAUGAAGGACAGAUAGCUGCUGUCUGUCGGGAGUGCCUACAAGCCCUGGAUUUCCUUCAUUCCAACCAAGUGAUCCACAGAGACAUUAAAAGCGACAAUAUUCUUCUUGGCAUGGACGGAUCUGUCAAAUUGACUGAUUUUGGCUUCUGUGCUCAGAUCACCCCUGAGCAGAGUAAACGGAGCACAAUGGUGGGGACUCCUUACUGGAUGGCACCAGAAGUUGUAACAAGAAAAGCAUAUGGCCCCAAAGUGGACAUCUGGUCACUUGGGAUCAUGGCAAUAGAAAUGGUGGAAGGAGAACCUCCUUACCUUAAUGAAAAUCCUCUCAGGGCAUUGUAUCUGAUAGCUACCAAUGGGACACCGGAGCUGCAGAACCCAGAGCGACUCUCGGCUGUGUUCCGAGACUUUCUUAACUGCUGCCUGGAGAUGGAUGUGGACAGGCGAGGAUCUGCCAAGGAACUUCUGCAGCAUCCAUUUUUAAAAUUAGCCAAGCCGCUCUCAAGCCUGACUCCUCUGAUCAUUGCAGCAAAGGAAGCAAUUAAGAACAGCAGCCGCUAGCACUGCAGGUCAGCUUUCUGCCCUGCCAGCUUGGAGCAGGACUGAGAACACAAACUCUGUAAAACCUCAACUCUCAUGCUGCGGGACAGAUGGAUGGAUGAACAAACCAACAGUCACAGUCAUGGUGGUAGGACCACCCCAGUUCCUCAAGGAGUAAAAAAUUAUCAUUUGUCUUCUUCCUGCUUUCUGGCUCCUUAAUUUAUUUUUAAGAUUAACUGGGGCUUUGUUUUUAAGAUUAAUCGGGGCUAAGGACAAAGAGGUAAUGACAGAAAAUGCUUUGCUGCCUCAAUUAUUUCCAAGGUAAAGCAAUUUCAGUUGGAAGAUUCCCUUCCUUCUCACCCUGUGAAUAAGCUGUACAUUCACUUUUAAAUUGUCUGUUCUUUCUUAACGAUGUAAGUCAUGUUUAUGGGGUUUUUGGUAUGGUUUGGAAUUGGAGAAGGGCAAUUCUUCAUUCAUUAUCUCCAGACUGCCUUUUGAAUAUGGCCCACUUGCCAGUUUUUGUCCAGUUGUGGUACUUCCUACAUGGGGAAGAAAGUGCAAUUGCAUUUCCAACCGUAAAGGAAUGAAGAGUGGGACAGACAAAACAUCCUAUGGAGAUACAGCUGUUCAGCUGGGACUGUGUAGUGGUUCAGUUCUUGCCAAUUCGAUUCGUACCCCUAACUGCAGUCUCUCUGCCUGGAUGAGAGUCUUAUGCAGCUGAAACAGCAGAAAGAUCUGUCGGUGUGCUCAGAAAAGGUUUGUCUGAUGCAAAGGUGUCAGAGGAAUGUGAGGAUAGAGUGGGCCCAGCCAUGCCCAGGGUCGAACCCCAGUAGAGUUCUGGCUGAGUCCAGGGCAGCCUGAGCAUCUGCAGAGCUAGGCUGGAAGGAAGUGCUGGUAGCAACAAGUGGCAGCAGCCUGGCUGUGGGUGCCUCUUCCUGGGAGAGGACUAAUCCUCCUGUCUCAGAGCCAAACUGUGUGGGGGCUGUUCUCCAGAGAAAUCGUGACCAUGCUGAGAAAUGUGCAGCCUGGUGGGAUUGGCAUCCUGAGUCUCUGCAGGAUUAGAGAAGAGCAAACAGAGCAGAGUGGUGGUGUCACUUGUGAGGGUGCCUGUUCUCACAUCUGUCUUGUAGCUCCUGGGAAAGGUUUGCAGUGCCUGCAGAAUUCUCAGCAGAGGGGGACAGGACCAGGCUGCUCUGCAGGCUCCUGCACAGGUGAGUGUCCUUUAGGCACGGGUUUCUGCCCUGGGAACCAAAGCUGAUGUGGAGAGCAACCUGCACAUUUCAGAUCUGCAGGAGCCAGUGCAGGAGCCAGUGCAGCAGCCAGCUCUGGAAAAAAGCGCCUUAAAACCUGGAGUUGUGCGCUGAGCAAGAACAAAGGUGUAAAAUGCAAAGCAUUACAGAAUUACUUGGAGGCAUCAGGCCAGCCUGUUUUUUGCUAUCCUAUUUAUGGCAAGCACUGCACAAUGAAGCUCGCAGUUGCUGCAAGAGAGGAAAUUGGGUAUGUGCCUGAGGAUUGUGCUUGACUAGUCAGCGGAUUUGAAGGGAUAAGAAUACUUUCAGUAUGGAAUUUGUGUUUUACUUAUUCAUCACUCAGUAAAAGCAUUUGCAUGGUGUAUUUUUUGCUAUAUUUUAGGAGUACAACUCAUGCAAGACCUUCAAAACAGCAACUGAAGCAACAUGAGCAAAAAUGAGUGAGGAAAAUCAGCUUUCUGCUAUAGAUCUUCAUGUUGGCCUGGUCCUGCAAAGGGUUAAGUAGCCUUUAAGGCAUUCACCACCUUCAUGUCUGGCCAGCAGGAAUGAAGAAUGCUUGGGCUGUUUUUGAAUCAGCCCAGGAGCAUGUCUAGCUUUGGCAUUUUGUUUAGUUGCAGUCUUUGUGUGGCAAAUGUCCUUACUGCUGCUACCCUUGCCCGCACUGGCCAUUGCAGUCUCCUUGGCAGAGGCAACAGGCAGAGACAGCCCUCCUUGAGUUACCACAGCUAAACAGAAAUUAACUUUUCUUCAUUUACUGGGAAGCACAACAGGUCCAGUUUUUCAGAUGGCCAAAUAGAAUGCUAAGGCAAGCAGCUCUGGUUUCCUGAAGUGGGGGAAUAUCAGGAGGAGCCACCAGGAGCCCACAGCUGGAGUGACAGUGGUUGACAGGACCCAGAGCAAUGGCUUCCAAGUUUUUCCCCCAUAAAAGAUGCCCCUGGGGAGUAGGAGUGGUCAGGACAGGCAAACAGGCCAUAGCACAGCAGAUGGAGCAGAAGAGUGUACCGGAAGGUGCUUGAAGCCCUGCCAGGGAGCAAUAUUGUCCACCCAACAGAAAGCCUUCUCUAAGCUCUGCACCUAUCACAACCCGUGCAGCAGCCCAGACAGAGCUCUGGUGGGAUUGUGCUGCCAACCAGGUGUCAGCAGCAGGCUGUGCCCUGCUCUUAGGCCAGUCCUGGUGGUAGCAGCAUGAGUACACCUGCAGGAAGUGUGCCCAGGGCGAGGAACUCCUCCAUUUUGGGCCAGAGCUGCAGCAGGAGUAUCCAAGCUCACUGAGCCCCUUUCCAUCAUUUACCAGCAAUCGUGGCUAACGGAGAGGUCCCAGGUGAUUGGGCUAUGGCAAAUGUGGCAGUGAUGUA